ACAACGCUGUUGCUUUGAUUAAAUUGGUGCAGUGAGAAGUUUUGUGUAAAGAUUUUUUUGUUUAAUUAAUAAAAUUGAUUGAAAUCUUGUAUAAAAUUACGAUAAAUUGAAAGAAAAUGCAUAUAUUAAAAAUACUACAAUUAGACUUAUUGAGUACAGAGAAUAAAUAGUGAAAAAAAGCUAAUAGAAAAAGUUGGAAAAACAUGAAUAGAUAAAUUUUCUCCUCUGUACAAAAAAAAUUGUGCACUGAUUUCGCAAACAUCAUAGAAAUGAUGAAGAGUGAAAGAAAAUCGUAAAAGCAAACAAAAACAUAAUAGACACAAAUUUCAUAAAAAGAGUUUAUGCAAAAGAGAAAUUUUUGAUUUGUUAAUUUAAUAAUAGCGAAUUUAUAUUUAAUAAAAAUAAAACAAAUAAAUAUUACAAUUCCAAUUGGAAAUAUAAUGAAAAUAAAUAAAAUUGUGAUUGUCUAACGAAAAAAUAGAAGAAAAUUCUUAUUGUGUCCUUGAAGAGAGUUCAACCCCAUUAGCAAAAGAAAGAAAAGAAAAAAAAAACAAAAAAGUAAAAAUCUAGUCUCACUGUGGGUCUUAAUUGAAAUUAAUUUUGUAAAGAAAAAAUUGUUGAACAAAACAUGUCUACGGAUCAUGUAGGCAAACGAAUGGGAAAAUGUUUAACAUUAAAUGAAACCAUUAAAACUUCAACAGCAACAACAACAACACCAGCAUCCACGUCAACAAUUGAUAAUCAAGCGACGUUACCUACUAAAAAACAACAACACGAUGGCGAUAGACACAAUACAACUGGUGUUGUAAACACCAACAAUGUCUCCGUGAACAGCAAUAAUACUAGACCUUUUGUUGUAAUGCGAAAGCUUAAGACUACUAGCAAUAGCAGCGGUUGUAACAAUGGACAACAGCAGCAGCAGCAGCACACACUAGAUAUGGCAAAUUCUUCAAUUUCCAGCCAAAGUUUUACAAAUGAUUCGGGUAAUCCAACUUCUCCAAGUUCCUUGUCAUCGGCUUCACCUACAUCACCGCCCGGUGGCGAUCCUGGUUCUGCGGAAUUGCGUCAAUUAAAACGUGAUUGUGAUCCUCAGUUUUCACGUUUUGCGGAUUAUUUUGUUAUAUGUGGUUUAGAUUUGGAUACGGGUUUAGAACCUGAUCGUUUUGCCGGUGAUAACUUGCAUUGCUCUCCCUUGGAUCGUGCUUAUAAAAGCAAACCCUUGGCCCAUUAUCCCGAAAAUGUACCAUGGAAUCCAUUUGAUUCUCAUGGUAUAUGUAUGCUAUCUUUACCACAAGGCUUGAGAUUUCGCACACAAAAACAUAAUAUUGAACCAAAAUUUCAUUCAUUUGCAACGACUCGAGAAGAUGGCAAACGUUGUUAUGGUUUUAGUUUAGUAUUCUAUGAAGAAAUACGUAAUCGUAAUAUAUGCAGUGCCAUGCAUACAUUACAGUCCAUGUUUAUAACCGAACUCUCUAAUGGCCAACAAACACAUUCAUUAACACGCAUUAAGGACAGUCCUGUCAGUCGUUCUUUGCCACGACAUUUUAAAGUGGCUGGUCAAGCACCACAGUCAGCACAAAGUUACUAUGACAUCACUAAGGAUAAACUCUAUGUUGCCAAAAGUAUUACAUUAAUAUGUCAAAUACCCUAUGCAUAUGCAGCCGAAAUAUUUCUAACAAAUUUAUAUAGAUGUCUUCCGCGUCAACCCGGUCCAGGCAUUAGUCUCGAAUCUUAUGUUUAUAAUAUACUCUACGAAGUAAUGCUACCUCAGCCAGGCAAAUCUAUACGAAUUUACUUGCCACCCUUAGAAGCCCAUUUGCCAGCAUUAGCAUUAACAUUACAGAGGCCAGAUACGCGCUCCGAAUUACCCUUAUUAGAUUUUCCCUUACGUCUGCUAUUCACCUAUUUGGGUGUGGAGUGUGUUAUACAAUUAUUAACUUGCGUUUUGCUAGAAAAUCAAGUACUUUUACGUUCAAAUGAUUACCAAAAAUUAAUGAUAGUAGGUGAAUGUAUUACUUCUAUACUAUUCCCCUUUGUGUGGCCUCAUGUCUAUGCCCCCAUUUUACCAGCCGCUUUACAUCAUUUCCUCGACGCUCCUGUUCCCUUUGUUAUGGGUCUGCAUGCUGAUUGUGAGGCUGCCAAUAAGAUUGGCUCUGAAGCUACCCUCUUUGUAGACAUCGAUAAGAAAAUUAUACAAUUACCCGAAGAACUUCCUGUAUUUCCACAUAAAAUCGAUUUUAUGGCUGAAAUUAUAUCAGUUUUGGAUAAAUUUGAAAUAGAACGUGAUCGUUUGCAUGAACCUAAUAUUAGGAAUGGCUAUGCAUCACGUGAUCAUGACGUUAUGAUUAGCAGCUGUACUUUGCCCAGUGGUUUACAGGCAGCAAGACGUAGCAAAGAACGCUUUCAACAAUUACAAGAAACAGUUUAUACUUUAGGCUCAUCUCCUGAUGGUAGUUCUCAUAGUAAUUUACAUUAUCAGCCUUUAGUGGCUCACCCCUCUAAAAUUGAUCAUGUACCGCGUAUAGCGGACUUCCUUCGGCGUAAAGGUGUACGCACCUCAUCACCAGUAGGAGGAGGUGAUUGUGUUGAUGCUACAGCGACUGUAGCCACGGCUAGCAUGUCUCCCACUAGAGCCAGGGGUAAAGAGAUUAAGGCAACACCAAAGCUAACACCCGAAGAACAAUAUUAUCAAGAUUUACGCAUUAACAAUGCACUACGAGAGAUUUUCCUCAAUCGUUUUGUACACAUGUUUUUCGCUUAUGAAUUUUUUGUCAUCUAUCCUAAUCAGGAUAGAGAUGAAUGGUUAAGUAAUCGUGAGACCUUGCAGAAUUUUGAUAAAUCAUCAUUUCUAUCCGAUCAACCCGAACAUCAUAGACCGUUUUUGUCACAAUUUUUAGAAUCUCAAAUGUUUGCUACUUUAGUAGAUAAUAAAAUACUCUCCGUAUGGGAUAAGGAACCCGAAUCUAAUUUAACUUUCGAUCAACGAGUUAAACUGUUGAGGAAACGUCAUGGUGAGAAUAUGAUUUGUGCCACCAGCUACGAGCCUUGCGUUGUUAGUCAAGAAGCCCAACAAGUUUUCGAAAAACGUCUUAGCUGUGUGGACAUUGAAGUAACGCCACCCAGUGAAAUUUUAUCUAAUCGUGCAGCUUACUUUCGCAGCUUUCCCAUUCUUGAGAAAAGUGUUUUAAAUCAAGAAUGUGCUUCGAGAGGUAAUAGCUUGAGACGUGUAAAAAACGGCAAUAAAUGGCGAGCCAAAGAAAUCAAUUUCGAUCAGAAACCCACAACGAAUAUAGCACUAAAUCGUUUAUCGGCAAAUUUAACAAAUACCGAAUUAAGUCCGGCGUUGAUCGCCCAGGCAAAUUGGACCUUUGUGGAAAGAUUGUUAAAGGACAUUAAAAGUAAAACUAAACGCAUGUUAUUGGAAAAAAUGGGCACUGAGGCCGUGGCCUUAGGUUUAAAUAAAAACGAUGGCAUUGAGGAGAACACUCUCAUAGCUUCCCUAUGUGAUUUAUUAGAGAAAAUUUGGUCGCACGGUUUACAGACGAAACAGGGCAAGUCUGCUUUGUGGUCUCAUUUACAGGCUUAUGUAGAGUUACAAGAUGCUCGCUCUUCCAAUGCCAGUUCAACUAAUAGUCCUAACUUAAAUGCUUCUGGAGGUUCUCCGAAAUCCGGCAAUAAAGUGGGUGUAACUAGCAGUUAUGCAGUGGCAGCACCAGCUUUAGCUUGGAAUGUUAUGCGUAAACGUAUGGACUAUUUAUCUACUUUUCAAACGGAUUUUGAUAAUCCUCCUAGUCCAAAUCGUAGCCGUUCUAGAGAUCGUAAUAAAUUUGUGGGUCUUGAGCAGUUAUGUCCAUUGCCGGAGUCGCUGGAAUUUGAUGUUAAAAAUGUUAUGGCUAUGGCAGAUAUAAAAACACACAUUGGUUAUACCCGGGCCUGGGUGCGUCUGUCGCUGGAGAAGAAACUACUUUCUAGACACUUUCGAACUCUGCUAUCGGAUGAUACGCUAUUGCGUUCCCUCUAUAAACGUUCGGCUUUCUUGAGAUGCGAAGAAGAAAAAGAGCAAUUUCUAUAUCAUUUAUUAACACUAAAUACAGUUGAUUAUUAUUCUUUCACCAAUACCUAUCCCACAACAAAACUUCCUUAUCGGGUGGUUAUCUUUCCCUCGCGUAAAUAUGGUUCGUAUCAUACUUCCAGUAAUGUAUGGAUUAUAAUUUCCGGCACUUCAAAUGAAACCCAAAAGGUACCAGUGCCGAAGGGAUCUUUAGAAUUUAUAUUUCAUUAUAAAAAUCUGGGUCUAUUAACCACCAUGCGUAUAGGACAUGACAACAGUGGUGCUUCUAACAAAUGGUUGGUGGAACAUGUAGUAAUGCGUAAUGAAGUUACUGGACAUACAUACAAAUUCCCUUGUGGACGUUGGUUAGGCAAAGGAGUCGACGAUGACUCUACAGAACGCUUAUUGGUCGGCCAGCGUGUUUCUACUAAUGUUAAAAAUGCCGAAUUGGUGCAAAACUGUCAUACACCACCCCGUACUCGUAGCCCCAGUGUUCAGCGUAGUCAAGAUUUACCACCACCAUCGGAGAUACAACACAAAUUGGGUAAUUGUGUUAAUGUUAUAGUCAAAUGGCAUUAUAAACCAAGUCGUGAUCGUGAUGUGGGCACUUUUACCAAUUUACUAUGUGGCGAUGAUGGUCUAGUGAAAUGUUUGGAAAAUGUAUUUCUUUGUGGUUUUCGUUCCACACGUUUCUUUGGUCGAAAUCUUUAUAUAUGGGAUUAUUUUACCAAAAUAAAAGAAACAUUUGAGCAAUAUUUGUUGCAAGAUCAACAACAGUUGGAUGAUUCCGGUUCUAGUCUAGACUCUUCCAUAAAUUCUCACAACAGCCUGCAGAGAAGAGAACUAUGUGCCAUUUGGCGUUAUUAUGUGCAUCUAAUGGAUGAAAUCACUAAAGUUGGCAAUACUUUAGGCAAAGAUGGCAAAUUUCAAUUGCUAAUAUGUCUAAGUCUAAGAGAACAUUUACUAACACGCAUGAUACGUCCCAUGGCCCUGUGUAAGGUAACACAGGAAAUGUACGAAGAGGAAAGUUUUCUUAGACGUAAAAAUCUUUUAACAUUUCUCAUACAGAUAUUAGAACCUUUAGAUGAAUGUCAUAUUGUUUUAGAGAACUCUAUAACACAAGGCAUUUCAUCGCAAUGUUAAAAACAACAAAAAAUACUUACUUAACAAAACCUAUAGAAUCUCGUUAUGUAAUACUCAUUUUUUCCAGCAUAGUUCAUAAGUUAAACUUUAAUGAUAAAAAAAAACAUAAAAAACCUUAAGAUACUUGCCCUCCAAGAACAAAAAAUUUAAAAA